AAGAUAAUGUCCACCUACGGGACAGUCUGCGUCAUCUCUAGCAUCAUCAGGAAACCGUCCGGUCGGAGCGCCUUGCGGAUAUUCUUUGCGGAAACCGUCAGGCUGUGGGUGGCGUGAACAGCGUUACUAGCAAUAACGAUGCUGUGUCCAGAUAAGGUCCUCCGCAGGCUCCUUCUCCAUAUCAUGCGCGCGGAACUUCAUGAAUGGGUUCGCCUUGUACUGCCGCAGGGCGGCCGCCACGAACGAGGGUGCCAGAUCAGUGAAGGUAUAUUCCACCGGGGCUCCCAGGUUCGCGAGGAGAAGGCCAGAUACUUCGUCCGGGCCACGUGUCGAUUGAACAGGCCAGGGUCUUCCCGGAGCUGGGAAUUUAUGGUGCAAGAUUUCAAGGGGUUCAAGACCUUCCACGAGGGCGUGCCAGAGGCGCUCAAGCUGCGGAUCUGCUUCGAGACGCAGGAUAUCCUACAGCCCGACGCGCACUUCGGCGCCGACGUCUACCUCCUGCGCUCGAUCCCGCACGACUGGUCGGACAAGUACGCCGUCCUGAUCCUCAAGAACCUCGUCCCCGCGCUAAAGGGUAAGGCGCGCGUGCUGAUUGCGGACUUCAUAGGGCCGGAGACCACGCAAUCAGGACCCAUGUGGUUGGAGCGUCUGUCGACCAUCCGGUCCAUGCAGAUGAAGACCGCGGUGAAUGCCCCCGAGCGAUCGGAGAAGGACUGGAUCGACAUGAUCAAGCGCGCGGAUGAGCGCUAUUCGGUUGAGGCGGUGGUCACGCCGCAGGGAACCGCCAUGUCGGUCUUCGAGAUUGUGUUCAACGCAAGUGGGUAGACAAACGGGCUGCCUGUCUUGUCAAGGGCUUAGACGCAAGUUUAGCUCAGACUAGCAGUUCCUGGAUGAUUGUUGUCUGUCCUAUCUUUGGCUCCCCUCCACGAGAUUCUCUUCUGGACGAUUAUGAUAUUGUUCCGUCCUUUUGUUAUUCAUCACUGUAA